AUGUCAGAAGCACGAGAACCGUCACCGACCCCGUCCGAGCGAGCGCGCAAGGACGCCGAAGACCGCCAACGCGAAGAGGAAGAACAAUCGAAACUACCCUACCGAUGGACCCAAACACUCGAGGAAGCAGACGUCAAUGUGCCCAUACCAGGCAACUUGAAAGCGCGGGAUCUGGUCGUUGAGCUGAAAAAGACGCACAUCAAAGUCGCAAUAAAAGGACAAGAACCUAUAAUCGAUGGCGACUUCCCACACCCAAUACAAGUCGACGACUCAACGUGGAUAUUGUCGACGACAACAGACGGCAGCAAAGAGAUCGCAAUCAACUUAGCCAAAAGCACCGGUUCGUACUGGUGGGCACAUAUCGUGACUUCGGCGCCCAAGAUCGACACCACCAAGAUCGUGCCCGAGAACUCGAAGUUGGGCGAUCUUGACGGCGAGACGAGGGGCAUGGUCGAGAAAAUGAUGUACGACCAGGAGAUGAAGAGGCAGGGUAAACCCACCAGUGACGAACAGAAUAAGCAGGAUAUUCUGAAGAAGUUUAUGGCCGAACAUCCUGAAAUGGACUUUAGUCAAGCGAAGAUGGGUUGA